ACUCCCUUCACACACAUACUACCGAACUCUUUGAAUCUUUCUUAAACCCUAGAUCCCCCCCCCAACAUCUGUUAUCCUCUUUCCACACCCUUUCUUGGGGAUGCCGCCGAUACCAAUAUCACUUCUCUCGAUAAACAGCUUUGCCCCAAGAUAUUCCUUUUUUCCAUCCUGUUAUCCCGCUAAUCCGCCAUCGACGCCGUUGAAACAACUGUCGUAAAAAUGUCGGGUGGUUCCAUGUCCCCGAUUUCGAUCUCCUCGCCAUUGUCUGCGAGUAGUCCCGGGCCGCCAGCUCUUGCUCCUAGAGCCUCCUCAGUUGUUAGUAACGGUGCUGCUGCUCCGAAUACUAUUGUUACGCACAAGGAGUGGGUUGUCCCACCACGCCCCAAGCCUGGGAGGAAGGCUUCCACUGAGACUCCACCAACGAAGCGAAAGGCUCAAAACCGGGCGGCCCAACGGGCGUUUAGAGAACGCAAGGCUGCUAGGGUCAACGAACUGGAGGACAAACUCAAAGAAUUACAGGCCGAUCAUGAAAGCCACGAUCGAGUUUCCAGGGAUCAAAUCCAGCAGUUAACGGAGGAUCAUGUGCGUCUGACGAAGGAACUUGCGGAAUACAAAAUAAGGAUGGAAAGUCUCCAGAAAGAACUCGAUUUAAUCCGGCAAUUAAAAUCUGAGGAUCAAGCGUCGAAUUCAGUUGCUCAAGUUGCAUCGCCGGCCCCAUCUUCGGGCCGUGACACCUCCUGUGGAGGGAAUUGUACCUGCACAGAUGAAUUAGAUCAGCUGCUGUGUGUCAAGAAGACCGCUGUCACUUUGAGCGCUUCGUCUGUCCCACUCCGCCGCAGGAGCGGACAAAAAAACCCACAGCCUUCCCCAGAAAGCAGCCGAGUUUUAGAUCCUACAGGCUGUGGUCGAUGCUCGAGAGAAGGGUUAUGUGCUUGUAUGACUGAAAUUGCUGCAGCAGGACCUUCGAUAAAAAGGCCCACGUCUCCUAGUCAGAAUACACCGAAGCGUACUCGCACAGGGGAUUAUGCCGAGCACGGUUCUAAGGAGCUCGAGAUUGACUUUACAGAUGCAUAUUUGACUAAAUCAACACCAAAUCCUCCGAUCACUCAGAUGCCGGACCCCUGUGGGUUUUGCUCGGAUGGGACGCCUUGUGUUUGUGCCGAGGUUGCGAACUCCUUGAUUGAAAAUGAUGACUCUGAGGAGAACCACAGCACCAAGUUACCACCUUUAAGAGAUGGACAUGGCUCGGUUUUAACGAGUCAUACUCAGCAAGGGCUCGAGAGACCUGUAGCUUUAUACCCCCCGAUGAAUACUAGUGCUGUGAAACUCACUUCUCGGCCGAGCGGUUGCCAACCCGGAGGCUGCGCGCAAUGUCAGAACGACCCAUUAUCAACCCUGUUCUGUCAAUCGGUGGCUACGAAAAUGGAUGGUGCCGAAAAAUCAGGGUGCUGUAGAGGAGGCUUAUGUGGUGGUGAUAUUGGAGGCUCAAGGCCAAGUGUUGGCGACAGCAAAGAGAAGGGAAAAGUCGAUGAAGGUGCCUCGGAGAAGGGAACGUUCAUCCCCUGCAGUGCAGCAUACCAGACACUCUCCCGCCAUCGCGCAUUCGAGGAUGCAACGACUGACCUGGGCAGUCUUGUUCGUCCUCUAAUGGUACGGAGUCUGGACGGAAGUUGCCCUCAGAUUGAGGUUUCAAGUAUUCGGGAGGUACUCAGAAGGCUAGAUAGAGGGUUUGGCUCGGAUGCGGGCAAGUAUACGAAAUAAUGAAUGGCUAGAAUGGUUCCGGGGCGCGGCGUAUUCGGCUUUACUCUUAUUCUUGCUUGGGGAUUUUUUGUGGAUAUUUAUUAUGAUAGCAGUGCGAUCUUGAGGUCCUGUGUUUGGGAUGAACGAUCAGUCUCUCCUGUGCAGCACUGUACGAGUACAGUAUCCUGCAAAGCCGGCAGCAAGGCAUGUGCAGAGAUACGACAUGUGACUUUGCGGUAUCGAGGUGGGAAAAUAAAAUAAAUAAAAAAGUAAUAAAAAAGAGAGAAGAAAAUUUAAGGCA